UGGGGAUCCCUACUUAACAGGCAGACCUGCUUUUGUGCGUUUGUGCGUUUACUGGUUCUGGGUUUACUGGUUUUACUGGAGUUGGCGAGCGACGGAGCGAGUUGUUGGCUUGUUGCUGACUUGCUGUGAAUCUGGAUUUCUGGGAAUACGGCGUCCAAUAUGCAAGUACCCUUUGAAUGAGCGUGACAAUAUUCGAAGAGCUUAUGUGGUCUUAGGACCGUAUCAACCCCACUUAAGUAGUUACCCAUCUUCAUUUGACGGAGGUCAAGGUCGAAGAUUUAGUCCCAAGUGGUUCAAAGAAUGGUCUUGGCUUGAGUAUUCUGAAGAGUUGGACAAAGCAUUUUGCUUCCCUUGUUUCUUGUUUGAUAUUAUUAUGCCAUAUAUGUCUGCUCCUUACAAGAAAGGUAUAAGGGCUUGUAAACAAAAUAUUAUAAAUGAGCAUUAUUAUCGGAUCAAUAUACUUAAUGCUGUGAUAGACUUUCAGUUGGCAGAGUUGGAUAGUAGAUUUACAGAUGAUUCGUUAGAGAUCCUUGUUCUUAGUGCUACAUUUGAUCCACGUGAUAACUUUCGAUCAUUUAAAUAUGAAGAUGUUAAAAAUCUUGCUUUGAGGUUUUAUCCUCAAGAUUUUACAUCAUAUGAUAUGCUUGUUCUAGAUAUGGAGUGUGGGUUUUUUCUAACAGAUAUUCAGAGGGAUCCAAGAUUUGCCAACACAACUACUGUGUCUGAUUUGUGUCGGCGGUUAGUUCAAUCAAGAAAGUCAGCAUUCUUUCCUAUGAUUUAUAGAUUGAUUUGUCUUGUUCUAACUCUGCCAGUUUCUACAGCAACAACAGAGAGAGCAUUUUCAUCUAUAAAUAUCAUAAAAAACAAACUUUGAAAUAAGAUGGAAGAUGAGUUUCUUGAUGAUUUGAUGGUUCUCUACAUCGAAAAAGAAUUGGCCGAUAGCAUUGAUAAUGAUUCUGUGAUUGUUGAGUUUGAAGUGAGUGGGCCUCGGAGGGUACGAUUUAGUUAGUUUAUUGUUAUUUUACAACAAAUGUAUGCUUGUAAUUUUUAAUUUACGGGGUUUGGUUUUAUGUCCCCUCCGUUGUAUGUUUUGAUUAAAAAUUAUAAAGGCGUGAGGAUGAGUCUCCCACUGGGUUCCA